AUGGGUACGGCGGGUCGCGAUUUCGAGCGCGAUCGGGAGUACGAGAUCCACUGUCGGAUUUGUGCUAGUGACAUACCAAGAAACGACGGGGUUCACAUUUUCGCUGAGGAUGGUAGACGGCACUACCUGCAGACCAAAAUACGAAAAUAUCUCUACAUCUUGGUGUCUUCUGAAGAUAAAUUAUCAAAAAUGGUAUGUGUUACAUGCAUUAAAAGAUUAGAAAACAUUCAUCGUUUUGCUAUGAUGGCAUAUAGAACGCAGGAGAAGUUAAAAUCACAAUUAUACAAUAAUAGUGGUGAUACAAAUACACAGAAUAUAGAAAGAGAAAGUGUCAAAGAUAUACAAAAUACAAGGAGGAUAGAAGAUCGGGGAUUAUUACAUACAAUAUUAACAAAAGGGGCAAUAGAAAUUUUGGCUGAAGGUGAACCACUGGGACCAUCAGAAUUAAUAUCACAAGAAGAUAAAUGCCAUACUCCUAGUAUGGAAGAAAUGGAAGUUAAAGUAGAUCCAAUGUUAUUUUUACAAUAUGGUAUGGAGAAUUCAGCAUCAGAAACUUCAGAAGUAUCUGAUACAGAAGAAAUAAUAACAAGAAUAAACUCCCCAGAACCAUUACCAUUAACAAAUAAAACUGAUGAAAUAGAAAAAGAAAAGAAAGAAGAGAGUAAUGAUAAAUCUCAAGAAGAUGUUGAAGAAUCUAUUUCUGAUGUGUCAAACAAACCUCAUGAAUGUACAAUAUGUGCUCGAUCCUUUAUAUCUCAAAUUGGUCUACAGAAUCAUUUAUGGUCUCAUUUGCCUAAAGAUAAACGACUUGAUGGGAAGCCUAUUUUAAGAUCCCAGCAAGUUUAUUCUACUAAUGGUGUACUUCAUAUGAAUACUGAUAACAAUUCAUCUGGCAAUUUUAUUUGUCCAAUUUGUAGCAAAAAAAUUUCUACUAAAGGAAAUUUAAAAGUACAUUUGGAAACUCAUCGGCCUAAAGGAAAAUAUGGUUGUGACAUAUGUGGUAGAAUCUUUAAAACACAGUCAAAUUUAUUCAGACACAAAGAGUAUCAUGGUGGAAUACAAUUUCCAUGCAAUGUAUGUGGAAGAGUUUAUCCAACAAAUUCUACUUUGAGAGCGCAUAGUAUAACGCACUCAGAUUUGAGGCCGCACGCGUGCCCUCUUUGUGAUAAAACUUUUAAAAGAAAUCAAGAUUUAAAGUUUCACAUAAAUCAACAUACAGGUGCAAGGCCUUAUCAAUGUCCAUAUUGUCCGAAAGCUUUCGCGAGUUCUGGAAAUUGUUUCUCGCAUCGCAAAAGAAUGCAUCCUCGAGAAGUACAUCGAGAUAGACAAAGAGCAGCAGAUUUAAUGAGAUGA